GUUGUGCGACCUUGCACGAGCAGUGAGAGAACUGCUGUGUUACUCAAAAUACUGGAUUUCACCCACAAUGAUCUUCAGAAGGUGCUGGUAUUCACUAAUUCAGUAAAUGAAGCAGAAAUGGUCCAUAAGGCACUGAAGAGCAACUCAAUAAUUUCCUUGAAAAUACAUGAAGGGAGUGAGUUUGAUUUCAAGUAUAUCUUGGAGCAGUGGACAAAAAAGUAUAGUUCUGGCACUCGUGUUGUGAUAGUUUUAACAGAUGACUGCAUGCAGUCUUUGGGAAUUACAGAUGCAACUUGCGUGAUACAUUUCAGUUUUCCUUCUCCAAGAAUCUUUGGUCAACGUCUACACAGCAUGUCUGACAACUUCUGUAACGUGAUAAAGGAUUCUUCUGUAGAUCAGGAAUAUACAAAGGCAAGGUCAGUCUUUCUGCUAACAGAAGACAAUGCAUGUCACGCGCUUGGGAUCCUACGCUAUUUGCAGCACGCAGAAGCUGAAAUUCCACCAGAACUGUAUGAUUAUAGUGCCAAGACUCUAGAGGCUGAAGAAGAUAAGAAACUUUCAAGGCCCCUGUGUGCCUAUCUUAAAACAUUUGGGAUUUGCAAGAAUAGAACAGUGUGUCCAGAUCGUCAUCAAGUUAAUUUACAAAUAGAUGUGCCCCAGAAUAUACCAGAUAAAAUUACACAAACACCUGGAUGUGUGACAAUGCUGCCUCUCCACAUUGUAAAUGCAACAAACUACUUUGGUCGAAUAGUAGAUAAACAAAAAGACCAGUAUACAAUUCUUGCUGAAGAAAUUAACGAGUAUUUUAAGAAACCUUGUAAUAAAAUUUCUGUUAAAAAUGUGGAGAAGCUAGCGUUUUAUGGAUUAUGUGAGAAAACACUUUUUCACAGGGUUCAGGUGGUAGACAUUUCCCCAAAAGAGGAGGAAAACUUGUUCUUUAAUGUCAAAAUUAAAUACAUAGAUGAAGGCAGAACAAGUCAAGUUCAGAGCUAUCAGCUGCUUCACUUACCUGCAAGGUUUCAGUGUCUGCCACCUCAGGCUGUGGAAUUUGUAGUUUGUAGAGUGAAACCCAUUGAUAAUGAAAUCGAAUGGGACCCAAAGGUAACUCACUAUAUAAAUGACAAAAUUAAAGGAAAACUACAUGAAGCAAAAAUAGUACAUACCUUGGGCAAUACAGCUUGGGUUGACCCAAUGGUCCGGGUUACCAGGCUUUCAGAUUUGAAGAUGUCUGUCAAUGAAUACAACGUUCGAUCUGAGAUCUUGUCUACGGGUCUGGGAACUGACAAUCCAGAACAUAUAACACAACUUCAGAAGUUGUGCGGACACAUGGACGUAUUACAUCAUGAAAAGAACUUGGAUCCUUUAAGCAUAAAGGAGGAUACAGCUGGUCCAGAGAAUGCAUCCAAUCCACAGAAUAUGUCAAUACAAGAAAAUCCUACUGAAAACUGUAAUUCUUUUAAAAUUACUUCUGGGAAUCAUCCAUGUGAUGGUGUAGCUCAAAGUAAGGAAGCAGAAGACUCUACCCUGCAUCAGCAUAAAUGCUUUUAUCCAGAAAUAAAGUGGUUUCAGAAUGAAGAAACUGUUACAGUGAAGGUAAAAAUAGCAAGUGUAGCUGACUUUAAAUGUGAGUUCUCUAAAGAGAAGGUGAUUUUCAGUGCUUCUUCAGGAGACAAACUUUAUUGGGCUGACAUGGAGCUGCAUCAAUAUAUACUUGCAGAAAAGUCUACAUGUGUGAUUAAGGAUAAAGAGGCUAUUAUUGUUCUUACAAAAGAGAAAAAAGGAGCAUGGUGCAAACUACUGAAGAAUAAGAAUCCUCAUGUGUCUUUUGAUUUUCAACACUGGGAAGAUUUUGAAGAUGAAAGCCCUUUUCCAGUUGGUACGAAAAAACUGUAUUGCACUGCUGCAGUAGCCGAAGAAUUGGUUGCCUCCUCAGAAGACAGUGGAACAGAAAGUGAUGAGUAA